AUGGUUACGAGUCGCGAGAUCGGGGUGCGGUCCGGCAAUCUCUGGUUGAUCGUGGCGGUUGCGGCCCUGGUGGCCAGUCCGAUCGGUGGCGCGCUGGAGGCGCGGGAUGGAGUGGUCGAUCGGAUGACCUUUGCGCAGUGGCAGAAUGAUCUGAAGCCCAAGGUCCACGGCGCAUCGAACCUCCACCGUGCCACCGGGCCACCGGGCCUCGCCAACUACGCGGCCGCCAAUUGUGAUCUGGACGCACUGAUGCGGCGCCACCGGCGACAGGCCGGUCUGGCGGGCUCCGCGAUCGAUGCCGGUAUGGUCGUGGGCGUGGGACUGGUCGCGCAGAAUGCGGCCCUGCAACGGACCAUGGAGCUGCUGGGAGGAGGGACCGCCUUUCAUUAAGAGCAGGCUUCGCCUUAUCUGGUCUGUUUGGCCCAUUUGGUGUAACGGUGUUGUCCAUUCAAUGGGCUGUUGGGCUUUCAGUGCAGAAG